UCAGAUGUCAUUAUUUUGAAGGACCUGAGAAGAAACACUCCGUUAGCCGCACGUAUUUAAUAGAGAUUUUUUAGCUUUACGUCAGAAUGUGUGCAGACCUGGAGCGGAUCCCCAGGACUCUGUUGGUCUCUGAACGGUCCAGUUUCCAGAACCAAAAGAACCAGCUCAGCGCACACGUGGGGCAGCAUCACUUUAACUACAAGGUGUCGGUACUGCUGCCAGAGUGUGGCUCCGCCCCCCCUCUCCUGGAUGCAGCUCUGAAUGGUUUCAGCAGUUUCUACCUGAUCAGGAACCUGCCGGUGUACAUGCUGCUGGACCAGGACUUUCUGCAGACCGCUGUCCACCAAGGCAGCGUGUACGGACUGUCGUUCGGCUGCAGAGUCGAUGAGGAUCCAUGUGUCGCUCUGAUGCCAAACGGUCGUCUGGUUCUGUCUCUGGACAAAGACUCCUUUGAGUUAUUGGGGUUUGAGAGAAAAAAGUAUAGAUUCACCAAGAGAGCGACGAGCAGAUACGUGGUGUCUGUAAAUUUCAGUGACAGUAGCAUGACUCCAGGUGGGCGGGGCUACCAGCGUCUCCUCACGGGUCUGAAGACACACCUCCCUUUGGUCGUUGACUUCCUGGUGUCACAUCAUCCAGGGGGCACUACUGCUCUUCAGCCUCUCCUCUCACGAUACGAUUGGUCAGAACAUAGACCAUCUGUGAGCACUCGCUGCCUGGCCAACCUGCCCUGCCCCCUACUGACCUCUGACCUGCAGUCAUGUGACCCUCACUCUGUCCUGGAUUGGCUGGGUGCUGUGGAUGCUGAUGUCAGCUGUGAGAACUCAUCCAGCAGCUUCCUGUCGACAAUGGUCUGUCCUGAACCAAAAACUACAGCCAGCAGCGCACUGAAUAUGUCCGUUAGUGGAUUCCUGAACCCACAUGAAAUCCACCACCUCAUCCAGGAGCUCAGGUCUUACCUGGAUCAGUCCCAGUUGGCGUCCUGGGUCGCUCUGACGGUUCAUGGAUUCACGGACAGUCCGGUUUCAUGGGCCGGAGACGAGCGCAGUGUCCUGUGGAGCGGCAACACCUUCUACAGUCUACUGCUGUUCAAAGACGACACCUACCAGCUGCACCUGGCCACAGGAGCGCACCACACCUGUCCGCCUUGACCCACCUUAGACCCACCGAGAUCCGCUGUUACCCACCUUAUACCCACUGAGGUCCGCUGUGACCCAUUGAGGUCUGCCGUGACCCACCAAGGCCCACUCUAGACCCGCUGAGGCCCACCUUAGACUUACCGAGGCCUACUCUAGACCCACCGAGGCCCACCUUAGACUUACAGAGGCCCACUCUAGACCCACCGAGGCCCACCUGGUAAUUUUAGUUGUUUCAGUCCUCAGUUGCGGCAUCAGGAUGAAUGGUGUUGAUGACAUUUAGUUUCAGGGGUUUUCAUUGGUCCUGAGGUUUGAGCUGAUGACAUCCAGACCUACUUCACUGUGUCCAAGUUUUCCAGCGACACCGCCUUGUGUUUAAUGUUUACAGACGAUCAGUUUGGUGUUUCCGGUGUGGCCCCAGAGGCGUUUGUCAUCUGUGUCGUCUGAUUCCAAAUAUGUAACCCUACGGAGAAGAUCUCAAUACUAGUGCCUAAAACUCACAGCAGAGGCUUUAUUUAAUUCAUGUUCCAGACGACAGAUGCACUGGUACGCUGUAAAACUGUCAGUGGAAAAUAAAACUCUACAUUUGUAC